CUUUCUCAGCAUCAAGAAGGCAUGUGAGCAGCCCAAUUCCCUCCCCACAGGCUCGGUGCCCAAUCUCCCAAGCUCGUUUAUUGGUGAAAAAACAAAUUCCUCAAAUUACAACGGGCCUGAUAUAUAACAUGGGCCUCUCGACUGGUGAAGACAGUACAAGAGUUGCGGCUGCCAAUGGCGGACUUGCGUACGGAGGCAACCGCCACUAUGCAUCGGUCCGCUCGACCUGGUUCGACAAUUCAUCCUUGGCUACUUGA